UUAUGUUCCGGCGGCGCGGACGUGCGCGUCCCCGAGGAGCCUUUGUGUGGCGGCGUAGAGAAGCGCGGUGAGGAUAACCAUGGCGGACGAGAAACCCAAGGACGUGAAGACAGAAAACAACGACCACAUUAACCUCAAGGUUGCGGGUCAAGACGGCUCCGUGGUACAGUUCAAGAUCAAGAGGCACACGCCGCUCAGCAAACUCAUGAAAGCUUACUGCGAGCGACAGGGCUUGUCGAUGAGGCAAAUCAGGUUCCGGUUUGAUGGGCAGCCGAUCAAUGAGACGGACACACCUGCACAGUUGGAAAUGGAAGACGAAGAUACGAUCGAUGUGUUUCAGCAACAGACAGGGGGCCUCUACUGAUUGAAACAACCUGACAACGGAUUAUUAUUUUUUUGCUCAUUUUGAGAACUGUUCCCAAUACCAACACCAAGAAAAAAAAAAUCAGUACGAAGUUCGAGAGGCUUUCACAAUUAUAAUGCUUAAGUACUGUUGUAUAGUGUUUCCAUUCUUCCUUCUUUUUUUUGCUUUGUACAUAAAAAAAUAACCUCAGUGUUGAGACACACACACAUACAUGAAAACACUGAAAUGUAGGUCUUCAGUAGCGGCCCGUCUCACGUCUGACCAGAAGUGAUGCUGUUUAGUUGGCUUGGGGGGUGUGUGUGAGUGAGCUGGUUCCUCUAAAGGUGCCGUGCUUUAGGUUUGCUAGUGACGUCACCCUGAAAUUAGUAACCUGGUAAAUGAUUUUUUUUGUCUCAUUCCAUGGGAGAUUGAGAUUUGCUAGUUGUCAGAUUAACGGCUUAUCCUUUUAUCUUAUCAGAACGGAUACAUUUUAUCUUUUUUUUUUAUUGUAGUGGUUACAUGUAGAAUAUUUUGUCUUAAUAUUAGUUUGAUUAGGCCAUAUGAAAACAAUAUACAAAAGGGAUUUUAGUCCAGUCAAACAUCUGUAUUGUUUAAUAAAUUUCUUGUUUAAAA